GCCGCCUGUGAGCAACGGGAGGAAGAGGAAGAACGUAACCUAGAGGGUGAACUGGGAGGUGGUGUCCAUCUUAUUUACACCGGCGAGAUUGUGACAAAAUCUGGCCUGUCGGAAUUCUCUUGUUAAUAAAAGUAAAAAGCUGGGUAAGUCGGCCGAAUCAAUCGCGUAAAUACUCGGGCACAUAUUAAGUUAGAGGAAGAGAAAGUUGAAAAAGCAGCUCAUAUUUGUAGGGAGGCCUGUUUUUCAGCGGUGCGCCAUAUUGUAUUUCAGUGGAGCUCUGAGCCGUUAGCAGGUCUUAUUAGCUCGGCGGGUCUGCUCUGCUCUUAAUAGUCUUUUUUUAUUUUAAUAACCACAUUAAAACAUAAGCUGGUAUUUCUAAUUUAUAUCUGACGUUUUUGAUUAAUAGUUUUGAAGCAGGCUGUGUUCACCCAGCGGUUUCAUAUAGAAAAAGAUAAGAGAAAUAACGCUUGUUAGCUUUAUUCUUAGCAGUGUUUAAACCAGCUUUUGGCUGUAACCUAAGAUAUUUUUAUAAAGUUCAAUAUCCUCAGAGUAAAGGGUUUUUAUUACGCAUUAUUUAGUAAAAGUGCUGGGAAAUUUUCUUCUAGAUUAGGGUUUAAUGUCAUCGCGAAAUUAGGUUUAAAUGAGCUCCUUAUUUUCGGAUGAUAACUGAGUGUUUUUGUCUCUUUUUUGCAGGUUUUCAGAGAUGAGCAGUUCAGAGGAAGUCUCAUGGAUCUCCUGGUUCUGUGGACUGAGGGGAAAUGAGUUUUUCUGUGAGGUGAGCUGUAAACAUUUCUAACUGAUCAGCUGUCUGUUUCUUAAAAUAAUCAUGUAUCUACACAAACACAUAAAGGCUCAUAAUGUCUCACACUUUCAUCAGGGGUUGGUGUCAGAGACAGGACUCGUGCUAUAUAUAGAAAUGUGUUACAACAUAGAUGUAGCAAUGAUAGAUGUCCUACUAAAUCUCAUAGGUGUAUAUCCAUUAGGGAUGGGACUUGAUAAGAUUUUAUUGAUAUCGGUGCCAUUAUUGAUUCUGCUUAUCGAUUCAAAUUUUUAACGAUUCCCUUAUCAAUGCCUUUAUUUGAUUUAAAGAACAGGUUAAAAGAAAAAACAAGAUAAUAUACAAUGUGCUUUGGCAGAAAAAUAAUUAAAGAGACAGCUCUGUAUCAACAUAAUCUUUCUUUGUUCAAAAGGGUGUAGGAUGAAGUUGAUCAAACUUAUCUUGUCCACCCCUUUAUUGUUGUGUUACUGUAAUUUAAUCAGUCAGAGCAUGUGUAGAAAUAACAACACUGAGCGAUCUGCAGGUUUUCAUUUCUUUGCUGCAGCCUUUUCUCUCUCCCUGCCUUAAGUAUAAAAAGAUAAGCAUACUGAUCAUUAAAAACAGCUGAUUUUCUUAAGAGAGCUGAAAUGACUGUUGCGAACAAAUGAUGAAUAUUUUUGAACAGGAAAUCAUUCUUGAAUGGCAGCUAUCUUCACACUCCAAGUAUCAUUGGCAGGCAAAUGAAAAGCUGUCUCUGUAUCGCAAAUUUGUUAAAGAAAAAUCUGAUGCAGGAAAUAUUCCUCUUUUUUGUCUUUCUGCUCUGGUUUGGUGCUGAUUUUCUUGCCCCCAAAAGGUUACACUGACUGGCCACUGUUACAAAAUGUGAACCCAGACAGGGUUGAAUGAUGUAUUGACACAAGUAGGGAUGUACGGCGUUAUCAGCGCAACAUUGAUUUUGUCAGAUAAGAGGUUAAAAAGGCUUUUCACUGGUGGUGCCUACAUGUUCAGCUGAGGAGCUGGAGUGUAAACUCUACACCACAUCAGCAAUGUAAUAAAACACUGGUGAUCUGCUGCAAAACUCCAGAUCAACAUGUUAUUGUGAUUUAAAAGCACUUCAAGUUGAGCUCUAAACUAAACUUCAACAGUGGCCCAAGGAAGUCCCAGGCGAUAAAAUGAUAACAAUGUAUAUCGCAAAUUAAUUUCCCUCAAUAUCAAUAUAAAACAUGGUCAAUAUGCUUUUUCGAUAGGAGAAAAGGGCGUUCUCCAGGAUUUAGCUGGGUUUAGAGCGGCAAGUUGUAUGGUGUGUCCCCGUCAAAAGACACAGAUACAGAUGUCCAGUAAUUAUGCUUUUUGGUGACAAAGCUGAAUGUCACAAUAAGAGUAACAGUUAAAUUCUGCUAUGGAAGAAACUCGGUGUUCUUGACCAUGGAGAGAAACAGUAGUAUGGAUUUCUCUAUCGGCUCUGAAGGUUCAGAUAUAUUGGUAUGUUAGAAAUCAUAAAAAAAUUCAACAUGAUGCAUGUGCAGUAGUCUGUUUAUCACUUGAAUGCAGCCCCACACAAAUGACUGUGUCACAAAUGCAGAAUAAGAGCAUGUGUGUCAUAGUAACAGGUAAUCUAGCACCAUGUUUAGACUGAGUGUAGUGUGUUAGUGUUAUUGGCACGUAUACAGUCCACCAACGGGACCACAGACUUCCAGUGUCGUGUUCAGAGAAUCACAUGCUGAAGAAAACGAAGAGUUUUUUUUUGUUUGAUUGUUAAUUAUAAUCACGGGGCUGGUGACGCAGAUCAAACAGGAUUUCAAUCAUCCUCAGAUGUGAUGAAUUACGUGCGACUAAAUCUGUUUUGUUUAUUAGUGAAGUUUUUGUGUUAUCACCUCCUUUUGAUGCUCUACUUCUCCAAAUUCUUACUUAGCAGUUUCUUUCUGUAACAUCAUAUUUUUCCGUCUUCAGGUGGACGAAGACUACAUCCAGGACAAAUUCAACCUGACGGGUCUGAAUGAGCAGGUUCCUCAUUACCGCCAGGCCUUAGACAUGAUUCUGGACCUUGAACCAGGUUAGUAUGCAAUAAUCAUUGUUCUUCUUGAUGCAAAUCUAAAACAAAAUAGUGGAAAUAGUGAAUUUGAACUCAGACGUGCAGAAAAAGGAGAAGUUUACUCUGCGUUAAACACUGAGGGUUGCAUUUAGAGUUAUUUACUGACAAGAGCAAAUGAGAUGAAGGGGUAGAGGAGUCGUAAAGGUUUCAUCAGUCCAGCAGCGUUAGCUCUCCUGGCACUGCUGCUUUUUUAAUCUGUCAUAUGGAGUCGUGUUUCACAUGCCAUCUUAUAAAUACAGGUGAGAAGGAACAUUUAAUCUCAGCCUCCUUUUUUAAGUCUCUUUAGCCUGCCAGACUCUUCAGCUCUUUGGUCGCCUUUGUUGAAUUCCUGUCUGAAGCAGCAAAGAGCACCUCUCUGUUUUAUAUUUGGUGUUUCCUGUCGGGUUAUUUGUUUUUUCAAGCUCCUCUCAGCGCAGCUUUGCGUCUCUGUAAACUGUCUCGACUCUGUUUCCAGAUGAGGAGCUUGAGGACAAUCCCAACCAGAGUGACUUGAUCGAGCAGGCAGCCGAGAUGCUGUACGGCCUCAUCCACGCACGCUACAUCCUCACUAACAGAGGCAUCGCACAGAUGGUAGGCGGCGGCUGCAUCAGCAGAAACCCACCACGCCUGUCUGCAUUAGAGGAGCUGUUUUUUCCAUUACUGCUGCCUUUAUGGGCCAGAAAAUUACUUACACCAUGUCAAUAAUCACACAGGGGAUGAUAAAGCUGGAUUUGACUGGAGUGAAUAUAAAAAAUUAAUAAACCUUUACAAUGCUGGAUUAUAGCACCACAUAAUCCAGUCAUCCCAGCAGAUUAACGACACCUUUGAAAGGGAUGGAUUUAUGUCUAUGCUGGGUUCCAUGGUUGGCAUUUUUUGCUUGUUUUAUUCUGAAGUUUCAGCUUCUACAAUCUCUACUUCAAAAGUUUCAUUUGUUUAAUAUCACUUUUUUUUCAGCCAUGAUUCUGUUCAUUGACUCUUAUAUGUUCAUCUUUACUCUGCAGUUGGAGAAAUAUCAACAGGGGGAUUUCGGCUACUGCCCCCGGGUCUAUUGUGAGAAUCAGCCCAUGCUUCCAAUUGGUGAGAAAAAUUAUGAUUUCAGGAUUAUUAAUCAUAAAUGCAAACUAUUAUCAACUUAAAGAUGGAACAAGUUUAAAGGGAUAUUCCUGCGUAAAAUUAAGUUGGGGUCAAACACACCAUGAAACACUGAGUCCUGUCCUGUCAUAGAUGAAUGUUGCAGACCAUUUGCUUCUCUAGUUAUACCAACUUUAGUAACGACCACAUGAUAACAAUACAGAGAGCCACGCGCUCAAACAAAACACCACUCUAUAGCCACAAAUAAUGCUCAGAACAGCACUUAACUUCAUCAACAGUACAGAUAGGGUCUCAGCCACAGCACCAGCCACCAAACAUCUUUUAAGCUUUCCCUGAUUUCUUUUGCAAAGAGACUAAACACAACUCACCGACUCUCUUCCAGUAGCUACUUGUUUGUACGAAGAUCUCAGACGAGUCCAUUACCACAGCGGGGUGACGCAGCUCAAGGAAGAACAUUUAUGAUCAUUUCUUUAUCAUUUCCUUGAAGUAAUAAUCAUCAUAUUAAUCAUUUUGCACUGCAGACGUGGUAGUUCUUCUGCCUUAGCGUCUCGGUCUGAUUGCAUUUCUAUGAAAAAAUGAUCAUUAAUGUUCUUCCUUGAGCUGCGUCACCCCACUGUAGUCUGUAAUGGACUGGCCUGAGGCCUCGCAACAAACAAGCGGCUGUUGGAAGAGAGAGGGUGAGUUGUGUUUAGUCUCUUUGCUAAAGAAAUUAGGCAAAGUUAAAAAGAUGUUUGAUUCCUGGGACCCUAUAUGUACUGUUGAUGAAGUUAGGUGCUGUUCUGAGCAUUAUUUGUGGCUAUAGAGUGGCGUUUUGGUUGAGUGCGUGGCUCUGUGUAUUGCUAUCGUGUGGUCGUUACUAAAGUCGGUAUAACUAGAGAAGCAAGCGGGCAGCAACAUUCAUCUCUCGAGGGGUUGUCGAACUCGGUGUUUUGGUGUGUUUGACACUAAAUAAAUUUUAUGCCGGAGUAUCCACUUAAGGAGAAACAACAAACGCUUGUUCUCGUCUUUUAUUCCGUUGGUGUCCUGAUGACUCACAGCACAUUCAGAAUGAAGCCUUUGUCAGUCCUGCAUCUAGAUUUACUUUGAUUCACACCUGAGAUCAUUUUUCUUAUUCAUAGGUCUGUCAGACAUCCCAGGAGAGGCCAUGGUGAAGCUGUACUGUCCCAAAUGUAUGGACGUCUACACACCCAAAUCCUCCAGGCACCACCACACAGAUGGAGCCUACUUCGGCACUGGCUUCCCCCACAUGCUCUUCAUGGUUCACCCUGAAUACAGGCCCAAGAGGCCCGCCAACCAGUUUGUCCCAAGGUUAGUCCGACAGGUUCAACUUGAAAGUUUGCUUCUGUGGACCGUAUUUAGGUUUCACUGUGGCAAUAAUUUCUCUGCACCAGCUUCACAUCUGUGGUUGUUUUAGUCCAGCUGUGUGCAGGAAACUUUUUCAGAUUAUUUGCAAAGGGAGUGUAAUGUUGUAAACUCUACACCACACCAGCAGUGUAAUAAAACACUGGUGAUCCACUGCAAAGCUCCAGAUCAACAUGUUAUUGUGAUUUAGAAGCACUUAAAGUUAAGCUCUAAACUCAACUUCUACAGCAGCUCAAGCGACUUGGUUUUGUGAAAUUGUUAAGACUUAAACAUGCAUCCUGCUCCUAUCCCUGUGUGCACAAUUAGAGUCCACCCAAACUCCAGCUGACCUCGCACAUCAGCUUAGCAGGUCUUAAUAUAACUUCAACACAAUCUGGUUCGAAACAGGUGCAGAGAGUACACCUCACUCUGUUUCUGUCGCCCCUCGUACACAUUACUUUUACGGUUUGUAGACAAUUCAGGAUUUACUCUCGUAACAGCCGUAGACAGAUUGAUAGAUUAACUCCAAACUAGAAUCAAUAAAGCCACUCCAUGUGUUUGUAAACCAUUGAUACUGAUAAAUCCUAGAAUCUUUCGCCAUGAGGAAAAACUUUUUUUAAUGUCACAUUUAGACCUUUUAAUGUUGACGUCUUUAAUCUUUAAGCAAUCAAAGUUUAUAAGAACAACUCUAAAGCAGUGUUUGCACAGGAUUAGAGUUUUAUAGGGACCUCUGGUGAAUCAGCGUUUGGUGUGGCGCUCUCACAUGGAAUAGACCAAGUCUGUAAUUUGCUUGAAUUUAAGAAAACGCCGAGGUGUUGCACGACAGUUUGCUGGAAAUUGAUCAAGUGAUGGAGCUUAACCCUUAGAACUCCCUGAUAUAUUUUGCUAUUUUUGGUCCGCCAUUUUUUUUUUUUUUUUUUUUUUGUAAAAAUCUAUGUAGCAACUCUAUCCUUUCAAGCACAGCAAAUAUAUACACCAUCCUUUUUUUCAGGACAACCUCAGCUGUCAGUUUAUGCAAAAAAUUAUGUAAAAUGAAUGUGACAGUAAAUUCAGAACCAACGAAGUCAACUAAAAAACAAAAACGGAAAUUUAUACCGACAGUACUUUGCUCAAAAAACACACAAAUCUACAGUGACCAAGCCUUUUCUCCUGAUAGCCAAGACUUAACAGAAUGAUGUGCGGGUGAGAAAAGAUAUUGGGAUUGGAACAAACACACAAAAGAAACUAUUUACAUAUUUAUACUAAUUCUUCCAGGAGUUUUUUGCUAUUUACAGUUGUUUAUGCCACUCCUUGAAGCAGUUCCUGUCUGGGAUGAGACAGAGAGCCACAUCAUACUGCUCAUAUUUUCUUCUUUGCUUGUUUCCAAACAUUGAGGACCAUUAUUUCUCAUUUUACAGACAAGCAGGGAACUUUCUUGUCCCUUGUUGAUCUUUGGUUUUCUCUUAUUGGACACUACCAUCAAGGGGACAAUAGAAGAAGAAUAUGAGACCAUGUAAUUGGUCGAAAGUUUGACAGAAGAUUGAAGAUCGUCAUGAGGUCACUGUGCCAUCUACAUGAGAAGUCAGGAAACUUUGCAAAUGGAGGAACAUUUUUGAAGUGAAACCGAAUCGUAUUCUCCGCAUUUAUUUCUGAAAACAUCGGCGAAAAUCUGCGAGUUUUGGCCGAUUACCAAUUAGUCUCUAACAGGCUAAAAUUGGCUGAUUUAAUCAACUCGCCGAUGAAUCAGUCGGGCUCUAAUAUAAAGCAUGUGCAAUAAAAUCUUAAGGACAUACUGACUUCAUACAGACAUGUGACCUUCCCUCCUGUAUAAUCAGUCAUCAGAGAUAAUGGCGUCUGGUCUCUGUCUUAUGAGGUUGCUUCACACCAGCUUGUUUCAUGUCAUGGUGUAGUUACAUGCAGUAUGUUCAUAAUUAUCUAAAUCAACACCUCUCGCCGUCAUGAUCCUUCGAGAACACUUAGGAUGAAGUUCAUCGUGACGUCUGUUUACUGCCGUCAGUUUACCGAUCCUGGGUGGAGGGUGGCGUGAUGGGAGGCAGCCAGUGCCUAAAAUCAUGCAUCAGCACGCUCUCCCUAAAAGCAAAUACACCUGUCAUCACAACGUCAACUCCCUUACAUGGCUGGAGUUUGCGUGUUUUUAUUCGACGGUAAUAUUUGUUGCAUCUGUCGCUCAAACAGAGGGUGUAAUGUUCUCGUCUUUCCUUCAGGCUCUACGGCUUCAAGAUCCACCCCAUGGCCUAUCAGCUGCAGCUGCAAGCCGCCUCAAGCUUCAAGAGCCCCGUCAAGGCCAUCCGCUAAAGGAGGAGGAGGAAGAGGAGGAAGAUUCUUAGAAAGAGCAAAAGAGAGGAAAGAAUUAUGAUCAGAAGGGGAGGGGUCACCUGCACUUUACAAAGCUUUCCAGAUGCCCCCUCCCCAGCCUGAAGACUGUAUUAUUUUUGGUUUAGAUUAGGACAAAUGAAAAAGUGUAAGGAUUUUUGAGUGUGAGAGAGAAGUAAAGGAAAAAAAAGACGCACAGCCAUUAUCUGAAACACACACACACACGCACACACACAUAAAGACACAAAUUCUGCGACACACUUGGGAUUCCAUGCACAUACCUUACCAAACUCAUCAGUGCCAAAAACAGGAAGAAGCUGAGCAAAACAGAAGGGGGGGAGGCAGCAGCAGCACCGCUUCACUCAAGCUCACUGAUGAGAGAUUAGUGACACUACAGGGAGAUUUUUUCCCCCGUAGGAACAUUUUUAUGUUGCGGAGCUGAAGAGAGUGACAUUUUCUGAGCUUGUUUUCACCUCCGACUCCGUGUUUGUUCUGUCUUUGGCACAGUUUGGUGAAGAGUGGUGGUUAAACCCUCCAUCUUUGGAAGCCUGUUCUCCCCCCAACCUUCCCUCCCUACUUCAUUGCAUGUACACUCAGGCUGGCACUCGCAGAGACAGUUUGGACGGAUGUUUUUUUUUUUUGUGUUGGUUGUCCAAUUUGGUUCCUCGUUUUUCGUCUGAUCUUUUGUACGAGCGUUUAGUUGAAUUUGCCUUAACAUUUAGAGGAAACACACGGAUUGUCUCUGUUUUUCUGGGGGGGGGACACAAGCAUUUAUUUCUUCAUAGUUUCUGUUUUGAGUAGAAUGAGAUGAAACUUCACAAAUUUCAGACAAUUGUAAUCAGCCUGAGUCCUUUUUCCAGCUGUCUGUGCGUGUGUCAAAUAACUGUUUGUAAUGGUACCCAAGUGAAAAUAUAACCUGUUGCUACUUUUUUUUCUGAUCAGCUCCCCUGCUGCAUCUGCGUUUGUAACGUCACUUCCCCUGCCCUGUAGCUUUAUCGUCUUUUAAAGGGAUAGUCUGACAUUUUUGGAAAUAUGUAGGAGUAUAGAUAGAGGAGAUUGUUACCACGGGAUGAAUUUUAAAGCUACCAGGAGCGUUUGGUGAGCUUCUCUAACAGCCAAGUCUUAUUCCGUUUGAAAGCGGCGUCAGCUCCCAUGAUUUUUUUAGUUUGUGCGAAUAACGAAUAAGGCCAAAAACUGUUGUUCCAGUACAUAGUCGAGGUUUUAACCAUCCAUAUCGCUGCUUUUACUGUCUUAUUUCUUUACUUUCUUGCACACGUUCAUUUUUGAACUUAUUUUCUAUCUGUACAAAACUGUAAAUAAAGCGAUGACUUGCCACAGAGACUGAGCAGCUUAUAAAAAAUCAAGAUAUCUUCGACAGCAUGGUAGGCUAGCUGAAUCCCCAGCUGACUGCUCGUGGUAGCUUUCUCAAUCAUGGUUGUUUCACUCGUCUCUUUUUCCUCUUCAAGCGCAUAUUUCCAAAAAUGUCCAAUCCAUCCCGUAAAGAUCGAGGAGGAGACUUAGAGAAAGAGGAAUUUAGACAAUCUGAAUCCUUACGCUCACUCCACCACUGCACUGAUCCCUCCUGUUGUCUCCACAGCACAGUCUCAUUAUUUAUGUUCACGUUUAGAGACAGUCAGACCACCAGCCGCCUUUUUCCUUUCGGGGCAGAUGCACAGUCGCCCCACUUCUCCUCCCUUCACCUCUUCAGAUUUCUUCUUCAGUGUGACUGGAACAGGUUGUUGUUUUUUUUUUUUUUUCUUUUUGGAUUUCAUGACACAAAAAGAAAAGGUAUUUAUGUGUCCAGAUUUUAACUAACGUCUGUGUUGUUGUCGUCUUUCUGCUACUGUGGAAGGGUGAGCAGGAUUCAGAAUUCUCAAUAAACUUCUAUUUUCUUUUCAUA